CUCAGGGGCGCUGAAAGCCUGAAAGGGGAAGCGGCCCUGGGAGAGCGGGGAGAGCAGAGCGGUGACUGCUGCCUUCCUCAGGACUCCCGGGCCGGCUCGGUGCAGGCGGCGGGUCACUGCAUUAUCUAAGAUGUUUGCCAAAGCUGCUAAGAUUUUCCUGAGAGACAUUGAUGCUGGCGGUGAAUUGAUACCUGUCUCCAGUUUAAAUGACUCAGAUAAGGCCCAGCUCCUUGCCAUGGUGGUAAAGAAGAAGCGAUUCUGGUUCUGGCACAAGCCAAAGUACGAGUUUUCAUCAUGCGCAUGUCUGCUGGGAGAUGUGCUGACUGAAGAAGAACCUGUAAAACCAGUUGUGGUGGAAUCGGAGUUUGUGAAAUAUGAAGAAAAAUGUGAUGAUGUAAUACAGGGUACUGUUGAUGCAGAUUUUGUCGCUGUUCAAGGAAAUAUUGGUGGGACUGAAAAAAUACAAAGUCAGUCUUCUUUUGGAACCCUAAGAAAGCAAGAGGUUGACAUGCAACAUCUUAUGAAGGAUGUACAAGACAGGAAAAUAAACUUGCACCAUCCCUUCAUACAGCAGCUGCACGAGAACAAGAGCGAUAUACUGUGUGUCCUGAAAGAGAAGAUCGUCACCACUCAGAAAUGUGUCAUUUCUCAACAGACACAAAUGGAGGAGACGUGUAGACUUGGCGCUAAAGGGAAAACAGUGAAGGUAUCAGUGACUGAAAGUGGAAAUUUUAAAGAUGAGAACACAGUCCUGGAAAUCCCUGCCCCUACGGCUGUAGCUUAUAGUGUAGUGGAAUUACUUGUAAAACAAGAUGGCCGCUUUGACUUCUGCAUGCUAUCUGAAAAACAAGGCGGCUUUGAGAAAGAAUCGAGUAAGAAGUUUCUGGAUACUUACUCUGGUGCACAUGAUGCUCGGUCUCUGUGUGACUUUGACGUCGUGGAUGGGUUCAGAGACGUGUCUGUGGAUGGGAAACCUGUUCCCAGUAAAGCUUCUCUAUCUGUCUUAAAUCAAGACAUAUUGGAGCUUACACAGCAGUUUGCUUUAUUACAAGAGCUUCCUGACUCCCUCCGUGAAGAGCUGUAUAAUCUGCUUUGUCAAAUAUUGGAUGAUGGGCAAACCGUCUCUCAAAUACAGGCUGUGGUAGAAGAGAUCUGUUUAGGCUCUAAGCCUGGUUUGACGUUUUUGAAUGAAUUAAAGUUGCCUCAGAAAGAACAUGCACAAAAGAUACUGUCCCUCGUAGGAUAUGAUCUCCGAGAUAAGAAGCUUACAGAACAGUCUGAAGACUUGAUCGCAGCCUUCCAUAUCCUGACCAGUGCACUGGAUGAGAUGCCAGACUCUGCCUUGACAAUACUUGGUGCCUGUUGUAAACUUCAUCUCCUGCCAGCACUUUGUGCCCUGCCAAACAUCACAUCAGAUGAAGGACUUUGCUCAAGGACAGAACCAUUGCUGUCGGAUCUCAUCGACCAAGGCACAUUUCAGAUUGUACAGAGGUUGUUCUCUUUAUCAAACAUGAGUCUGGAGAUGAAUGAAAAAAACAUGCGAGCAGAAACUUUCAAGGACUCUGGCUUUCUCCCACUUAUUCUAUACAUUGUAUUGUCAGGUUUUCAUUCAUUAGUAAAAAAUCUAAAGUUCUGAAUUAUGCUGGACUUUACCCUUGGGUCCCGACAUAGCAGCAAAUGCAUACAGUGAUAUAUUCACUGUAUUGGAUUUAUUGAAUUGUGAAUUAGUGGAUGUAAAAGAAAAAAAAACACAUCUCAAAAGUUUCAUAUUUUAUACUUGCAUAUAUUUGCUCAGUUUGUCUUCAUAUAAGCAUUGGUUUGUGUGUGUUUAUCUUCAGUAAGAACAAUUGUCUUUUAGCAGUUUCAAAGUUAGCUGACAUAUUUUUCU